AAGUAGCCCUUCACUCUAAUUAAGCUCACCGAUCAUAGUAUUGUUUCUAUAACAUAAAACAUAACAUUUCUAGCAUCUACAAGAAAGUUGAACAAGAACUAAAAAUAAUGGCAAGACAACCUGAAUUUGAGCAUUCAAAGAAGGCCUUUGGUUGGGCAGCUAGAGACUCUUCUGGUGUUCUCUCUCCUUUCAAUUUCUCCAGAAGGGAAAUAUGCGAAAAAGACGUAGCAUUAAGAGUGUUGUAUUGUGGAAUAUGUCACUCGGACCUUCAUAAGGCGAAGAAUGAAUGGGGCACUACGAACUAUCCACUAGUUCCCGGACAUGAAAUUGUUGGCAUAGUUACAGAAGUGGGAAGCAAAGUGAAAAAGUUCAAAGUUGGAGACAGAGUAGGUGUGGGAUGCUUGGUUGAUUCUUGUCACUCAUGUCAAAAUUGUGUUGAUAAUCUUGAGAAUUACUGUCCCCAAUUGACACUCACUGAUGGUUCCAAAUACAGUGAUGGAACCAGCACUCAUGGAGGCUUCUCUGACUCAAUGGUUUCCGACGAGCACUUUGUGUUUCGCAUUCCAGAUCAGUUACCUCUUGAUGCAGCUGCUCCUCUCCUUUGUGCUGGGAUAACCGUAUAUAGUCCUCUUCGACAUUUUGGACUCGACAAGCCUGAUAUGAAUAUAGGUGUUGUUGGUCUUGGUGGACUUGGCCAUAUGGCCGUGAAAUUCGCCAAAGCUUUCGGUGCUAAUGUGACCGUAAUUAGUACAUCACCUAAAAAGGAAAAGGAAGCAUUAGAACACUUACGAGCGGACUCAUUUCUAAUAAGCCGUGAUCCAAAGCAGAUGAAGGCUGCAACGGCUACUUUGGAUGGUAUUAUCGACACAGUUUCAGCGGAUCAUCCGCUAUUACCUCUGAUUGGUUUACUCAAGUCUCAUGGAAAGCUUGUAAUGGUUGGUGCACCUGAAAAGCCUCUAGAGCUUCCUGUUUUUCCUUUACUUGCAGGGAGAAAGAUAGUAGCAGGAAGUUUGAUUGGAGGGAUCAAGGAGACUCAAGAAAUGAUUGAUUUUGCGGCGGAACACAAUGUAAAGCCUGAUAUUGAGAUCAUUCCUAUUGAUUAUGUCAACACAGCGAUGGAGCGCCUUCUUAAAGCAGAUGUGAAAUAUCGAUUUGUGAUUGAUAUUGGAAACACAUUAAAAUCAAGCUCUUGAAUUUUGCAGGAUAUUCAAAUAUUUCAGAGAAUAAUUCAAUGGUCAAGUGAUAAAAAUAAAAUGCAGUAGUUUAUAGCAUUCAGUGUAUCACUUUCCAAGGAGAUUUCAUACUUGCAUCUUUGUUAUAUCAUUUCUGGAGUAGAAAAAAUAAGUUUCAUAUGUAA